AUGAUUAGAUCGGUAUUGAAUUCGAAAUAUGUAGUGGGAAGAAGUCGUAUUCAUCACAAUCUAGUUGAUGCCACAUUAUUCAGAAAGGCUGGUGUAUUGACUACUUUACCUCCACGAAAAUAUCUAUUCAGCAAUCAAUAUCAAUGUUUUAGACAAUAUUCUACAACUCCAACAACUACCACUACUAGUCCUCCUCCUCCUCCACGUAAUUCGUCAAGGUACUUAGGUUUAUUCAAGUUUGGUAUUAUAUUGGGACUUGGAGGUACUAUAUUAUUCUACACUAAUGAUUCCUUCAAGCAUGCGAUUCUAACUAUUGAUAGAGUUAAUGUGGUUACAAUAGCCAUGAUUCGUUGUUUUGCAUUAUAUAAAGAAACUUUAGGGAAAACUUAUAAAGAUGAAGCUGAACGUCAUAAAGCCUUAGCGGAUACUCAUAAACAAGCAGCUGAGAUCACUUUAAAAGCAUUAGAAAAGAAUGGUGGGAUUUAUAUUAAAUUAGGUCAACAUAUUACUGCUUUAACUUAUUUAUUGCCUCGUGAAUGGACAGAUACUAUGAUUCCAUUACAAGAUAAAUGUCCAAAAUCAUCUAUGGAAGAAAUCGAGAAAUUGUUUGAAAAUGAUUUAGGUUUAAAAAUGAAUGAUGUUUUUCUCGAAUUUAAUCCUGAACCUGUUGGUGUUGCUUCUUUAGCGCAAGUUCAUAUUGCUACAUUGAAAAAUGGUCAAAAAGUUGCUGUUAAGAUCCAACAUCCAAGUUUAAAAGAAUUUGUUCCCCUUGAUGUUACCUUAACUAAAAUGGUAUUUGAUUUGAUGUAUAAAGCUUUCCCUGAUUAUCCUUUGACAUGGUUAGGUGAAGAGAUGCAAAAUUCUAUAUUUGUUGAAUUGGAUUUCACUAAAGAAGCUGAAAAUGCUGAAAAUACUGCUAAAUAUUUUGCUGAUUAUGAAAAGGAAACAGCUUUACGUAUACCUAAGAUUGUUCAAGCCCAACCAAGAAUUUUAAUUAUGGAAUGUGUUCAAGGUGAAAGAUUAGAUAAUUUGAAAUACAUGAAAGAUCAUAAUAUUGAUCCAUCAGAAGUAUCAGCUUGUUUGUCUCAUAUUUUUAACAACAUGAUUUUCACCCCUAAUGUUUCGUUGCAUUGUGAUCCUCAUGGUGGUAAUUUAGCCAUCAGAAGUUUACCAAGUACGCUGAAUGGACACAAUUUUGAAAUUGUAUUGUAUGAUCAUGGUUUAUAUCGUAAUAUUCCAUUGGAAAUGAAACGUGAUUAUAGUCAUUUCUGGUUAGCUGUAUUGGAUAAUGAUGUUCCAAAUAUGAAGAAAUAUUCCCUGAGAAUUGCCAAUCUUCCAGUAGAUGAUGAUCAAAAAUUUAGAAUCUUCAUGAGUGCCAUAACUGGAAGAGCACCAGAACAAGCUUUGAAUUAUGAUAUUUCAAGUAGAAGAUCGCAUGAUGAAAUCAAACAAAUUCAGAAUCAUGUUAAUAAUGAUGGAAAUGUUCUUGAAGAUUUGAUGGAUAUUUUGAGUAAUAUGCCAAGAAUGGUAUUAUUGAUUUUGAAAACUAAUGAUUUGACUAGAAAUUUGGAUGAAAAUUUACAAAGUUCAUUAGGACCUGAAAGAACUUUUUUGAUCAUGACCAAAUACUGUGCCAAAUGUGUUUAUGAUGAACGAAAGGAAUCAAUAGAUAAGACCUUACGUGGUUUGAAAUGGCUCACUGGUACUGUUUCCAAUUGGUGGAGUUAUCAAAAAAGAUUAAGUACUUUAUACUUUUACGAUUUCUUCUUGAUGAUUAGAAGAUUAACUAUUUAG